CUUCUACUGCCCCUGCUGUCCCUUCUGCAGAGAGUAGGAGCAGCUCAGCACGGUGUGGGGAGCAGUGGGGAUGGAUGGGAAGAGCAAAAUGCAGGCGGAGAAGCACCUCACAGGAACGUUGGUCCUCUCUGUCUUCACCGCAGUGUUGGGCUUCUUCCAGUACGGCUACAGCCUGGGCGUCAUCAACGCCCCACAGAAGGUAAUAGAAGCGCACUAUGGGCGCAUGCUGGGCGCUGUCCCCAUGGUGAGGCACGCCACCAACACCUCCGGGGAUGAUGCUGCUAUCAUUGUCACCAUCCCCAGCACAGAGGCAUGGGGCAGCUCCCAGGGGACGCUCCCACCCUCAGCUGGCUUUGAGGACCCCCCCGUGUCCCCUCACAUCCUCACCAUGUACUGGUCCCUCUCCGUCUCCAUGUUUGCUGUUGGAGGCAUGAUCUCCUCCUUCACCGUGGGCUGGAUCGGCGACCGGCUGGGCAGAGUGAAAGCCAUGCUGGUGGUCAACGUCCUCUCCAUCGCUGGCAACCUCCUCAUGGGGCUGGCCAAGCUGGGGCCAUCUCACAUCCUCAUCAUCGCUGGGCGGGCGAUCACGGGGCUGUACUGCGGGCUCUCCUCUGGCCUCGUGCCCAUGUAUGUGAGUGAAGUCUCUCCCACUGCCCUCCGAGGAGCACUGGGGACACUGCACCAGCUGGCCAUCGUCACAGGCAUCCUCAUCAGCCAGGUCCUGGGUCUGGACUUUCUCCUUGGCAAUGACGAGCUGUGGCCGCUGCUGCUCGGGUUGUCUGGGGUGGCUGCUCUGCUGCAGUUCUUCCUGCUGCUGCUGUGCCCUGAGAGCCCCCGCUAUCUCUACAUCAAGCUGGGGAAGGUGGAGGAGGCCAAAAAAAGUUUGAAGAGGCUCAGAGGAAACUGUGACCCAAUGAAAGAGAUUGCUGAGAUGGAGAAGGAAAAGCAAGAAGCUGCGAGUGAGAAGAGAGUGUCCAUCGGGCAGCUGUUCAGCUCCUCCAAGUACCGGCAGGCAGUGAUCGUGGCACUGAUGGUUCAGAUAUCACAGCAGUUCUCAGGCAUCAAUGCGAUCUUUUACUACUCUACAAACAUUUUCGAGAGAGCCGGCGUUGGCCAACCAGUUUAUGCAACCAUUGGCGUUGGAGUGGUGAACACCGUCUUCACGGUUAUCUCCGUCUUCCUGGUGGAGAAGGCGGGCAGGCGCUCACUGUUCCUGGCUGGUCUGAUGGGCAUGUUGAUCAGUGCCGUGGCCAUGACGGUUGGACUUGCACUCCUGAGCCAGUUCGCCUGGAUGAGUUAUGUCAGCAUGAUCGCCAUCUUCCUCUUCGUUAUAUUCUUUGAAGUUGGGCCUGGGCCCAUCCCCUGGUUCAUUGUAGCUGAGCUCUUCAGCCAAGGCCCACGCCCCGCCGCCAUUGCUGUUGCCGGCUUCUGCAACUGGGCCUGCAACUUCAUUGUGGGGAUGUGCUUCCAAUACAUCGCGGAUCUGUGCGGACCGUAUGUGUUUGUUGUCUUCGCCGUCCUCCUCCUUGUCUUCUUCUUGUUUGCGUACCUCAAAGUACCCGAGACGAAGGGGAAGUCAUUUGAGGAGAUCGCAGCUGUAUUCCGCCGCAAGAAGCUCCCAGCCAAAUCCAUGACAGAGCUCGAAGACCUGCGUGGCGGGGAGGAGGCGUAGGCAUGGCCACACACACAGGAAGGAGGGAUGCAGAAGGAAACCUUAGGCAAAAGUCUCAUUUCACAAACACCUUGCAGGUGCCAGCCCAGGAGGACACAUCAACUGCGGGACUUCUGAGCACUGCCUGCACCAUCCAGCCACAGGUGUCAUUUUGCUCUGAAACUGUUGGUACAGCUGAGCUGCAGGAAGAGCCAAGGAAAGAAUGGGAGGAAUACCCAGUACAUGUGUGCCUCAGUGUCCCACUGCAGUGUGGCAGCAUGAUCUUACUAGCUGGUAAAGCAUUAUAUGAAACAGGGUCAUCGCUUAGCUGGAACAAAGGAAGGGGUUGGGUGAUGCUGAAGCUUCAUGCCUUCACCUUUUCUUCUCAUGCUUGCUGCCUCCUCCUGCUGAGUGAUCUGAAGCCUUGAGAAAACACCUGGUAGCGCAGCUGUGCUAGCAAAAUACUGCACAGAUCACAGAUCCACAAAAUGGUACGGGUUGGAAAGGACAUAACAUCCAUCCAGUCCCAUAGGCAGGAUAGCUCCCAUUAGACCAGGUUCAAAGCCCCAUCCAACCCGGCCUUGAAUGCCUCCAGAGAUGAAGCACCCACAGCUUCUCAGGGCAGCCUGUGCCAGAGCCUCAUUACCAGGUGGAGUCUCACAAGAGCAGAGGGUACACUCACCUCCCUUGACCUGCUGGCCACACUUCUUUUGAUGCAGCGCAGGGUACAGCUGACUUUCUGAGCUAUAAGUGCACAUUGCCAGCUCAUAGUCACCCUUUUUUCAUCCACCCAAGCGUUUUCCCUCAGGGCUGCUCCCCACUCAGUCAUUACCCAGCCUGUAUUCAUGCUUGGGGUUGCCCUGAGCCAUGUACAGGAUCUUGCAUUUGGUCUUGUUGAACUUCAUGAGGUUUGUAUGUGCUCCACCUCUCAGGCCUGUCCAGCAUUUUUCGGUGUUUUUCAGAGAAAUUAAGAAACUCUGUCCCGGUUGAUACGUGUGAUUGCAGACUAUUUCUCUCCUCUUUCCUUGUCGGAAGCUAUUCCUCUCUGUUUUAUCUCUCCCAUGGUGUGACCAUUGCCAGGUCACCUCCCCUCGCUGCCCUCUGUCUUUUUGUACAGUGCUUAGAUCAGCUGUAACAAUUAAUGAUUUUUUUUACUCGAGCUUUUGAGAUUUGUAUGUUCCUUGCUGUGAAACAAGGCUUUCUAGCAAGCUCCUCAGGAUAGAUACCCACUAUUUAUUUCAGAAGAAACACCAGUGCUGCUCACAGUGAGCUCACAUUGACGACAAGCACUGCAGUGGUUGUGAUGGGAGGUUCACCAGGAUCAGCAUUGGCCCCAUGUGUUCAGUGGAGGAUAUUUCACCAUAUUCUGGAAUGCCUGCAAUAACAGCAAUGUUAUCUGUCUGUUACAUAAAGGUGACCGUGAAUAACAUCUGCAGCGUGUGCUGGCCUGUGCUGUUGUCUGUCCCCUCCGUGCAUCUCAGACACACGUCCAUCUCCAGACAGGAGACAUUUCUUUUUCCAGCAGGGCCCAUUAGCUCUGCAGGUGGCAUUUGCUGCGCGGCUGCAGAACAUCCCUGCUGGCACGCAGAGCUGAGCUUUGCACAGUUACCUGAGGAGUGCAUCAGUCAGUGGCACUUUCAGGAGGGACUGCAUUCAAUAUUAAUAACGCAGCAUCGAGGUGUCAUUUGUUUAGCAACACACUGAGCCAGGCAGCCUUUGUUUUCCUCUGUGCCACCAAAUAAAUGACAACUAAAAGCCUGAA